CACGCCAGAGGGCGCUGCGUUCCACCAAGAGUACUGACACGCUAUUGAGCAUGCGUGAUUCAGUUUCUCUUGUUCAGGGCGCGAAAACUAACUGGUUUUCGCAUAUAUAUAGCUGUGCUGCCCAGUCUGACAGCAGAGGAGCUUGUCAACACUGGGAUUUCCGUGUCACCAGCCCCCCCCACACGGAUUGAGGAGUUGUAAGAUGUCUGGUCCGGUUUCACCAGAUAAGCCGGAUAAAGAGAAAUCCUUUACACCUGCUCCAAAAAAGGCUGUGGUUAAAACCAAACAUUUAUCGUGCACUGAAUGUGCCACUCCGUUCCCGGAUGGUUGUAAGAAGAAAUUUUGCAAUGCCUGCUCCGCUGAGAGUUUGGCAAAAGAAAAACAAAAAGACAUGCAGUCUUUUUUAGGUUGGUUCCAGGACAACCUGGCGCAAACGUUUGAAACGUUUAAGGCAGCAGCAGCUACACCUGUGGAACCCGUUAAACUUAAAUCCCACAAACGUAAGAGGGUAUCAUCCCCUCAUUCUGAUUUAUCCUCUGGAGAGGUUUCUAGUUCAUCCUAUUCAGCUUCAUCUAGUGAAGAGUCAGAGGAUGAGACCAAUUUUCCUCCACAGGAGCUGCGUAAAUUUGUUAAGGAAGUCUCACGGCUUUUUCAGGAUUCAGACCUGUCAGCGCACCCCAAAGGGUUGCCUAUGUUAUCUCACAUGCAGAAUCUCAUGUAUAGAGAGUGGAAUAAUCCAGGCAAAAGAGCCUUUAUAUCAAAGCACUCUAAGCAGCUUUUUUACCUUCAAGGCGAUGAAAAAUGGGAAGAUAUCCCUAAAGUAGACGUCCAGAUAGCCCAGCUUUCCAAACGUACGACCAUUCCCAUUAGUGAAGUGGCUGGUCUUAAGGAUCCUAUGGAUAAGAGGGCAGAAACGUCUUGCAGACGGGUUUACCAAUCAUCUGGGUUCCAGUGUAAAGUGGCAUUGUCUAGCGCAUCUGUGGCUAAAGCGCAAGGUGUCUGGUUGCAGUCCUUAGAGGGCAGUCUUUCAGAAUCUAUGGAUGAAGGUUUGUCUAAACUAUUUAAAAACCUGAGACUGGCUAAUAGCUUCCUGCUGGAAGCUGCAGAAGAGGGCCUUAAGCUUUCAGCCCGUAACAUGGGUUUGUCUUCCGUUGCCAGAAGGGCAUUAUGGCUACGUUCCUGGGCAGCAGAUACUGCCUCCAAAUCUACUCUAUGCGAUCUGCCCUUUGAAAGAACCAAGCUAUUCGGUUCUUCCUUGGAGGAACUGAUCAGACACAUGUCUGAUACUAAAAAGGCACUUCCUCAGGAUAGGAAAAGCAGAUGGAACAAACGAUACCAGUAUAGACCUUCCAGGCCUUUUCAACCAGUUUUCAAGACUCAAGCCUUUCGUAAACAACACGAGAGAAAAUUUCAGGAACACCCUAAGAAACCAGAGGGUAGGAAGUUCUGACGGUGUUGGAGGUCGUCUGCAAUGGUUCCUACCAAAAUGGAGACAAACCACAAACAAUUCCUGGGUCCUCAGAAUCAUUGCGGACGGGUACAGGAUAAAGUUUUCCAGUUUUCCUCGUCCUCUGUUCCUGAUUUCGUUUUACCCCUCUCAGGUGAAGAACUCAGCACUGUUUGCCGAAAGCCUUACCCUUCUAAAAAAGGGUGUCAUAGAGCCUGUUCCAAAGAAUCAGGAGUUUCAGGGAGUUUAUUCCCGUCUCUUCCUGGUCUCAAAGCCGGAUGGGUCCUUCCGUCCAAUUCUGGAUUUAAAGAGUGUCAAUGCGUGUAUUCCUUACCGUCACUUCAGAAUGGAAUCCAUUCUCACGGUUACCCGCCUGUUGAGACAAGGGGACUUUAUGGUUACGUUAGACCUA